AUGACAUCCAAGCCCGUCUCCCUGUUCUGCGAGCGUGUUUGGCAGCGUGGAUGCGGCCCGCAGAUCGACGUUGACACUUUUGGGAAGUUGCUUCCGGGCUUCCUACCAAAGUCGCUCUUUCCCGCAAUUCCCUUGACAAAGAUGCCUGAGCAAUCUGCUAAGGUAAUCCGGAAAACCCACCCAAUUCGCAUUCUCUCCUUCUCCAAUCCCCCAUCAACCACCUCACCUCAUCUUACACCGGGCUUCGAGAGGAUCUUACCUUGCUCACCUAACCCCGAGCAAUUCUCUCCCUACCUAUCAUCUCACCCGCUAAACCAAUUACCUUACUUGCUCCGCCGGUCAACCAACACCGACGUUGGCCGCGACCAUCGGAUUCUCUCGCCUCGCACCUUCAAACCCCCCCGUCCUAUCCAGAUUCGGCAUAGGGCCUCUCGCGUGCUUGACCUCAUCCCCCCCUGCACUGCACCUGCUGCUACUACGACUUGCUCACUGCUCACUGCUGCGGCUGCUGAACCACCCGCUCCUCGACCGGCCCUAUCCGCCCUCCGAGGCUGCGAUCACGACGGCAUCUUACUCCCUUCAGCCUCUGUGCGCCGUUCCGUCGGCCUCGCCGAGAUGGCUUCCAAUACAGGAAAGGCUGGAGUGAUUGUCGCUCCCGACGACGCUGGCAAUAUGGACAAGCUUGCACACGCUGUCCUCGACGAUCUCAUGUACAACAUUGUACAUGACCUGCUACUCAAAGUCCACCGCGACGAGAAAAUGGCGAGAGCGUCUACCGCUGCCAUUCGUGUCGAGAAGCUGGCUUCCGAUGCAUCAGAGAGCUCUACCCCCGACUCGAAGCCAGACGUGCGAAUAGAGACCGACGCUGCGAUAUACGAAGACGGCAAGGUUCUGCUCAAGGGCAACCCCCUCAAGACCACAUCCGAGAUCCUGUGCCCCAGAUGCCACCUGCCUCGCCUGCUCUAUCCGACCGAUGGCAAAGGCGCGCGAAAGCCCGAUCCAAGCGUCAUCUACUGCAAGAAGCACCCCUACAUUGACAAGCCCGGCUACGACAUUUACGGGCAGACCUGGGUUCAGCCUGGUCCCGGCCGUGGUAAGAAGAAGAAGGAUAUGAAGCCCGAUCCGAAUAUCGAGUCAGCCGGUCCUGGAGAAGCGCGACCAGCCAACGUGCUUUCAUUUCCCUCCGCCACCUGCAGCAAGUGCAAACGAUGCAUUCUUGUCACCCGUCUCAACAACCACAUGGGCUCUUGCAUUGGAAAUAGCGGACGCAAUGCCAGUCGCGCUGCGGCGGCAAAGAUCUCAAAUGGCAGCAAUGGCGCUAGCCAGCACGACGGAACACCCCCAUCAAGCCAAAAGGCAACACCGGCGCCUGCAUCGCGGGCCUCGAGCCCUAAGAAGCGCGAUAGCGAGGAGGUGGCGGCACCUGAAGACGAGGACGAAUCGGGAGACAGCCAUAAGAAGAAGAAGUUGAAGUCGACACCCUUGAUGACAAAAAAGGUCAUACUCAAAACAAAAGGUCCUAAGAAGGAAAAGGUGAAGACGAACUCACUUUUGAGUCGUGAGGCAAAGGCAGACGACGGCGACAACUCCACCGUUGAAGUUGCGCCAAAGAAGGAAAAGAAGGAGGCCAAGGGCAUUAGUCCGGCCAAGAAACUGAAGCUCGGUGCCGCCAAGCCGCCCUUGUCCUCGCCGUUAUCCAAGAAUGGCCGGAACGGAAAAGAGAAGGACGAAGACGCAGAAUCAGAAUCCACGACGAGCGGCACAACGGGCGGCAAAACGACCAGCGCAACGAGCAGCACAAAGACCAGCUCAAAAACCAGCGUCAAAAGGACGGCCGGCUGUGGUCUUAGGAGACCAAGCGAGUUGUUGGCUAUGAAGCGCACAUCGGCGCCUUCGUCAGUCAAACGCUCACCUCCACAGUCGAAGCCGCAGCCGCAGCCAACUCGACAGCGACUGGCGUCUGUCUCUAGCACACCUUCCGCUCAAAGCAACUCUUCCGGUCGUUCUGCCGCAAAACCGAACUCGCCAGGAUCUUCUCAAGACACGGUUCGAUCCACGGGACGGCUUUCGCAGUCCAAGACCACUGGAAGUCGAACGCCUCCAACUGAAGGCAAAAAGCCCGCCAAAAGUCAUUCUACCGUUCAGGCCCAGCCGCCAGCCCGAGUGUCCCGGGCCGGCGUCAAAUAUCAGCCGGGAUGGGGCAUACAGCCAGGUUCCUGGCCGUUUUCUUGUUUUCUUCCUGUACUCAUCAAAAAAUCUGAAGCCCUGGUCGACGAGAAGAUCGACAUUCGAUACACGAUACUCAACAAUGCAUGGUCAGGGAGUCAGUCGGGGAAGGUCUUCUAG